AAAAAUAAAAGAAAAGGAAACUGAUGCUUAGUCUUCUUUAUAUGUACGCCCUUCAUUCUCCUUGCCAUGUCCAUACUCUUCUUCUCUCUCCUAUUUCUUGCUUACUUUCUGUAUUGGGGCAAAGAUUUGAUCUUUGUCUCCACCUUCCUCCCUAUUAACAAAUCUAGCUUAAAUCUUUCUUCUUGCCCUAGUGAGGCAUUUUGCCCGGUGAAUAAGCAUAUAUUUUUUAAUCAAGACAUAUAUAAGAGGAGAGAAUCAUGAGUUGUAAUGGUUGUCGAGUCCUGAGAAAGGGAUGCAGUGAAAACUGUAUUCUUAGACCCUGUUUGCAAUGGAUUGAAACUCCUGAAGCUCAAGGCCAUGCUACCAUUUUUGUUGCCAAGUUCUUCGGCCGUGCCGGUCUCAUGUCCUUCAUUUCCGCUGUCCCUAGAAACCAACGCCCUGGACUAUUUCAGUCCUUGUUAUAUGAAGCAGCUGGAAGGACAGUGAACCCUGUGAACGGAGUUGUGGGACUAUUAUGGACUGGCAAUUGGCAAAUUUGUCAAGCGGCGGUGGACACCGUCCUCCGCGGUGGCACGUUAAGCCCGAUACCAGAGUUAUUCGGUAAGUCAGCAGAAGUUGAUGAGGAAUCUGAAUGCACAAACGUGUUUAAGCUUCAAAAUCAUACGCAAAACACGCGAUCGAAGAUGCAAAAGCGGUGUCGUUCGUCAGAUGAAGCAGCAGCAAAAGUGUUGCAGUUGGAAAAUCUCGAUCUCAGUUUACUAACACGAGGUUUUCAGAGUGAGAUCGUACACAGUUCUUUGCCGGAGAAGCGGCGGUCCAGAACUCCGUCAAGAAAAUCAGAGGUAUCUGUAACCACUACGUGUUUCGACAGUAGUCUUGGACAUCAUCAAGGAAAACAACUCAGACUUCUGAGCUUGUUCACUUAGGUUUUUUAUUAACUUGAAACCUUUUUUAUUUUAUUUUUUUGGUUAACCUUUUUUUUAAAUGAGGAAGGGUUUUUUUUUUCGGGAAAUAGAUUUUGGUGAGGUUUUCUGUACAUUACUGGCCCAGGGUUCCCCUUUCUUCAAGUUUUUAAUUUCUGAUGUAGUACAAGAAAGUAGAAACAUGCAUGGGGGAAAAAUGAAAGUUUGCCGGUGACUCCUUCUUUUGCUGUUCUUUGUGUUUCUUUGAUUUCUUUUUGGUGUCUAAUAACCAGUCUAAUGAACGUUGGACAUGAAUAGAAUGAUAUGUUUACUGAUCUCAA